GGAGAGGAGGCGGAGGAGGAGGGGGGCGAGAGUGAGGGCGGGGGUCAGCCGGCCCCCUCCACCGCCGCCCUGCUGCUGAGGGGCAUGAGGCACCGCCGGGCUUUCAGCAGCAGCGGCGCCGGUAGCGGCGGCGAGUGGCCCGGCUCCCCCUCCUCCUCCUCCCCUCCCCCCCUGGACCCCUCCGCCCCCGCCCCCUCCGUGCCGCUGGGCGACCUGGAGGCGCUGGCGGGGGCGCUGCGGGCGGAGCUGCCGGCGCAGGCGGCGGCGCUGCAGGGGCUGAGGACGCAGCACGACAUCGUGGCCACGCGGCUGGACUGGGCGCGGCGCAGGCCGGAUGUGUACGGAGGCAGGGGGGGCGGCGCGGA